UGAAACGGAUGAUGUCGCAAAAAGAAUUUUACAUUACUUGUUGGCAUGUAAAUUACUCGCUAAAUUUUAUCUUCAGCCUCAUCCGUCGAUUCGUACACGAUAAAUUUGACGACAACUACGAUGUUACUAUUGGAAUGGAUUUCAAGGGCAAAGUGGUGAAUAUUAAUGGGCUUGAAUAUAAGUUGGCUCUCUGGGAUACUGCUGGUGCCGAACGGUUUCGGAGUCUUACUCCAAGCUUUUAUAGAAAGGCUUUGGGAGCUGUGUUAGUUUAUCACGUCACGAACCGUGAAUCCUUGGCUAAGUUGGAGACUUGGCUUGCGGAGCUUGAAAACUAUAGUGAUAAUCCUAACAUUGCCACUAUUGUAGUUGGGAUUAAAAUCGACAGAGAGCGAAUCAUUAGUCGGGAAGAGGGACUCAAAUUUGCGCGCAAACAUAGAGCUCUAUUCCUGGAAGCAUCUGCAAAAGGAUAUGAAUGUGUCGCGGAUGUUUUCAAGGAAAUAGUAGAAAAGGUAGUUGUACACUUAUUGUGGGGAAAUGUUAAGUUAUUUGGGCAACGAUUUUGUGGUGGUAGGUGGCGGAGGGGGAGGAGCCGUAGAUUUUUCGCAAAUUUAUUGUAACCCUCACUAAGUAUAAUUCACCUUUCUGCGUUGCCGAAAAAGAGCAAAUAAAGCGUAGACUCUUGUCUACAAGUGUAUAAAAGUUUUUUGAUUUGGGUGACGCGUUUGGGCUCAGCACCCCAAAAUCGUACAAAUAACUAAACCGAACCCCUUAUUAAACAUAAUUGCAAAUAUAGUGACUCAAACAAAUAACCACUUGUUGAUUUUUUUUAAAUAGUAGUGUUUUUUGAGCUAAAUUUUUUUGUUAUUUUUCUAUAAAAAUAUCUUCCAAGGUUUAACCAAAGUCAUAGUGUGAAACUUUAUAACAAAAUUUAGGAAAAUUAAAAAACUGUCAUCAAAGUUUCAACUCUAUAAUCUGAACAUUUCUGUUAAAAAAGCACAAGGCCCCCUUGUUUUCAACAGAAAUAUAUGCCCAUUCCAUUAUUGCUGGCUGUCAAAAAUGUUCACAUUGUAUACUUUGCAUAAAACAUUGAA